GUCAGCAGAUGAUUGGACGGUCACAGAUAAAGAAUGCUUUAAAACGGCCCUCCGUUCUGACCGGAGCAUCUUCUUCUGGAGGAAGACCGUCUCAGCAGCGUGAUGAAGACUUGUGUGGUCCUCGCUCUCUUCCUGAUGGCAGGUGUGUCUCUUGCAGACAUUCAGAAGAGAAUCAUCGGUGGUAAGAGGUGUACACCACAGGAAGAACAACAUUACGUGUUCCUGCAGACUAGAAAUGGGACACACACAUCCAUCUGUUCUGGUUCCGUCAUUGGGAGGGAGAAGACUAGUUCCUGGGUUCUCACUGCAGCACACUGGGAUAUGGGUGGACCGUCGUUCACCGUUAAAUCAGCUGAUCGAAGUGUGACACAGACCGUAGGCAGACCUCAAACCUUUAAACACCCCACCGCUGACGUCAUGCUGUUGAGGCUGAGGAGGCCCUUGACUCCCAUCCGCCUCGCCACUGAUGCUGAAUGUACUGCUCUCAGGAACCUCGUAAAACCCAGCAACCCUGUAACGUUUCGUAUUACUGCUCGGGACACACAAGCUGAGGAUGAUUACUUCAAAUACGGUGGAGGAGUAAAUCCAUAUGUGACCAUGUGUGCAACCAUCACCGUGGAUAGACUGGAACCUUUUAAUGACGUCCUCGAACAUACAAAUCAAAUCAGCCAGAACGAGUGUUGCCGCGGCCGAACUGCUGCUCCUGCUGGCUGCAAGAUGUGCGGUGGGGAUUCUGGUUCAGGAUUUAUUUAUAAAGAUGCUCUGUAUGCAGUUUUUACAGAAACCUGGAUCUGGGGAACCCCGGUGUUCGAUAUCAAUGAUAUUGGAUUCACCGUCUGUGACACCGACGUUCGUAAAUGGAUCAAGCAAUUAACUGGUCUUUAAGUGUCCCAGUUGUGUGACGUUUGCUUGUGAGCAACAAUAAAGAGACCUCAGGUCUCCUUA